AUGGCAUACAAUGGCUACAACGGCUUCCAUGAUGAUGUUAUGGAUGGUGUUGAAACGUCCGGAUCGAAGGUUACUGUGAGAGAGGUUGAGAGAGAUCGAUGCGACUUCGUCCUGCAAUCCUGCUCCCUUGCCCUUGCGAACUCCUUGCGCCGCGCCAUGUUGGCCGAGAUCCCGACCAUCUCCAUCGAUCUUGUUGACAUCUCAAUCAACUCUUCGGUCCUUCCCGACGAGUACCUCGCCCACAGACUUGGCCUCAUCCCCUUAGCAAGUAAGGGCGUGGAUGAGAACUUAGUUUACACAAGAGACUGUGACUGCGACAGUAAUUGUGAACGUUGCUCAGUUGUCCUCCGACUCCACGCUCGGUGUGACAAGGCUGGCACGAUGUUGGUCUUCGCAAGCGAUCUGAUCGUGAAAGAACCACGUCAAGACGGUAUUGGCCAACCAAUCAUCCGUGAUGCUAAUGGCCACGGCCCAUUGAUUGCCAAACUGCGACAUGGUCAAGAAAUUCAGCUGGAAUGUAUCGCCAAAAAGGGCAUCGCAAAAGAGCACGCCAAAUGGGCGCCUACUUCUGCGAUUGGCUUCGAGUACGAUCCCAACAACAAAUUGCGUCACGUGGACUAUUGGUAUGAGACCGAUGCCAAGGAUGAGUGGCCGGUGGACGAGCGGAACGCGACCUGGGAAGGAGAUGAGUCUGCCGCGGACGCCGCCUUUGAUCCUGAUGCUGUCCCAAGCGCAUUCUUCUUCGAUGUCGAAGGCGUGGGCACCCUAGAACCGGACGACAUCGUACGUGGAGGUAUCGACGUCAUUCAGAAAAAGCUGGCCGAAACCAUUCGGGUCCUCGGAGGUGCUGACGUUGCAGGCGUCGACGGCUUGAACGGAGCUCAGAGCCCUGAUGGCUACGAGCCCGCUCCAGCCGGCGCAUACACUCCUUACGGCGGUCGUCUGGGCGGCGCUACUCCCUACGGCGCGACACCUUACGGUGCAGGCGGUUAUGGCUCAUACUAG